AUGACCGACCUUCCCCCACCAUCGACGAUCACCAGCCUACCCCAGGAGGCCCAGCUUCGGGUUCUGGACACACUGUUCGAGCCUUCACCAGAGCUCCACCAGCUGAUGAUCCCCGUGCUCGCGCAGAGCUUCUCAACUUAUACAGCUUUGAUCGAUGCAGUAGGGGCUCGCAUGUCUGCAUUGUCGGCGCAGAAUUCCCCGAUUGACCGAAACGUGCUCUUUGGCAUUCUGGGCUCGCAUCCCCGGCUCGGCCGCGCUCCAGCCAAUCCGGAGCAUCUGAGUGAGCUUAGCAAGAAAGAACAGGCCCAAUUGAAUACGGGCGCAGAGGAACAGGCUGAGAAAUUGAUUGCGCUGAAUGCUGAAUACGAGGAGAAGUUCCCUGGCUUGCGCUUUGUCACAUUCGUCAACGGCCGGAGCCGGGACGUGAUUAUGGUGGAGAUGCGCCAGCGCAUUGAUCGCGGUGAUGCCGAGCGCGAGAUUGAAGAGACGAUUCAGGGCAUGUGCGACAUUGCCAACGACCGAGCGAGAAAGCUGCAGGCGCGCAUUUAA